AUGGACGCUGCUGGCCUUGGCAAGGGGUUUCAUCUGAUUGCAUUUUACCUCGAGACUGGAAGUGAGAUAAAAUGGGGCUCAGCGGGUAAAUUCGCACAUGACUGGGAAGGGCUGAAAGUUCUCCUAUCUGGAAUGGUCCCGGCGUUCUUCAUAUCUGUUUCCAUUGCUGUGAUUGCUCGAAUUAGCACUCAGCCACUAUACAAUGGAACUCAUUCGAUGUUCUGCAAAAUGGCUAAAACAUUCGGAAGCCGGAGACUGAUGCAGAAGAUAUUUUUCAAGGGAUCGAUGAGUAAGGAGUGGGAUGGGGGAGAGAGCUUAGAUGAAGAAGAUGCUUCGGACCCCGCCUCGUCCCCCGAGAGACAGCCAUUAGAAGAUGAGGCCUUCCUCAGCAGGGGUCCAAGGUCCAACGUUUUUUCUCGGUGGUUGAACAGAGCUAUAUUUUUGGGACCUCUUAUUACCGUCCUUAUUCUACUGAUUGUUCGCCCGAGGAAUCCACCCUACGCACAUAUGUCUGGCUCGAUACCCUAUACGCUUUGGGACAUUUUCAGCCCAUAUUCAGAAGACUUGUGUGGAGCCGGUCACAGAGAGUUUCCUCCGUUCCCCUUGCCUGAUCUUCUGGAUGCGAAAUAUUGGGAACAACCGCACGACAAAUUCAUUGGGUGGAUGCCAAGUGCAAAUAGCUCCAAUCUUGAGGAAACAGGAAAGCACUCGCCUCGUCCAUCCUGGAUGCCCGAAGAAGCGAUUCUUGGAUUUGACCGCUGGUACGACCGGCCAGUUCGUCCGGAUCAUCACAGGAGACCACACCCUCCUCCGCCAGGUCCUCCCCCACCAGGUGCGCCCCCGCCACAUGGACCACAUGGACCACAUGGAGGCCCGCACGACCGAAGGCCUAAAGUUCCAAAAUACAAUCCAGUCAAAGACCCAUUACGAAUAAGUAAUCUUGAGUACGAUAUCCUUGACCCAAUCACCAAAGCUUUGAAGGACCGUAAAGUCAAAAUUAAGCAUGUAGUGAUCGUGACCUUGGAAAGUACGCGCAAAGAUAUAUUUCCGAUGAAGAAGGAUUCUCAUCUAUACGACAUCGUUCUCAAGACGCACGAUUCAGGGAAUGAAGUUGCUAGGGUCGAAGCAGAGCUGGCAAACCUGACACCGAAUGCGGAGUUACUUACUGGGGAAGAUGCCGGGUAUGACAGGUCUGGUCUUGAAAGUGCGAGGGCUGGAAGUUGGCGUAAUCUCACGGAAGGUCAAGGAGGGAUUAAUAUCCAGGGAGCGUUCACAGGAAGCACUACGUCUCUGAAAAGCCUGAUCGGCAGUCAUUGUGGCGUGCAGCCCCUUGCGGUAGAUUUCACCGUCGAGUCGCACGGCCAUAUCUACCAACCCUGUCUUCCAGCCAUUCUCAGGCUUCUGAACUUGAAUAAAGAAGGCCAGCCUCUGGAAGGACGCAAAUGGGGGUUUGGCAAGAAAGAAGACGAGAUGAAUGGAAUGCUAUGGAGGAUGGUUUCUGCUCAAGCAGUCACCAACAGAUUCGACCACCAAGAUGAACUAAAUCACCACAUUGGGUUUCAAGAGGUUAUCGCAAAAGAGACCCUGCUGAACCCAGCAGCUAAAUUCCCUCCCAGCGAAAAACAGUCAAACUACUUUGGCUUUCCGGAUAGCCAGAUGAGACCGUACUUCCAGGACGUAUUCAGAGAAGCCAAGAAGAACGACGAGCGUGUCUUUCUCUCCCACUUCACGAGUUCCACACAUCACCCCUGGAAAACACCAGAGGAAUUUGGCGAAGCUAUGGAGCUUCUCAAGAAAGGUUGGUGGAGUGGAGAACAUCAGCUCAACAGGUAUCUGAAUACUGUCAAGUACGAUGACUGGUGGCUCGGAGAAACGAUGAAUAUUCUAGAAGACGAAGGGGUAGCAGAUGAGACCUUAGUGGUUAUGGUUGGAGACCAUGGCAUGGCAUUCGAAGAAGACGCUCAGAAACGAAGCACCUUUGAGAAUGGUCAUAUAAGCAACAUGCGCGUACCCCUCCUCUUCCACCACCCCUCACUCCCCCGCAUCCAACUAGCCAUCAACGCAACAUCCAUGUCGAUACUCCCCACGAUCCUCGACCUUCUCACCACCACCUCUUCGCUCAGCCAGCAGGAUUCAGAAAUCGCCUCAGAUCUUCUACAGCAGUACGAAGGCCAGAGCCUCAUCCGGGAAUUCGAGCCAGAAAGAAACGGGCGCCAGCAGUGGAACAUGGGCGUCUUGAACCCAGGUGGCACAGUCCUCUCCGUUUCAUCCGCAGCAGUGCCGUACCGACUCAUCAUGCCAGUGUGCAAAUCCGGCGUCUACAGAUUUACAUCCAACGACAUGGAUCCCUACGAAGACUCACCGCUAGAAGAGUAUUCCCUGGACAGCAUGCAGAAGCGCGUCCACAAAGAAAUCGGCGGACCGGCAGCACAAUGGGUAGCGGAGGCUGAGAAGGUCGGGAAGUGGUGGAUGCUGGAGAUGAGGAGAAGGUGGGAUUUCAACGGGGCUGCAUUGCAGAAUGAUAGGAGGCCCGAGGAGCUGGAGGGCGCUGGGAUGAAGGGAACGAAGACUAAGCGGCCUUGGUGGAAUCCGCGACGAAGGUGA